AUGUCCGCUUUGCCUGAGGAUCCCGUCCAGGACGGCCUUGAUGCUCAACUUCAACAACAGCUCACUGCUGGCAACCCCGACCAACAGCCUCAGAUCAUUCAUCAAGUUUCAAAUGUCCAGACGCCUGAGACUGCUUCUCGAAAACCCAAAGCUCCAUCUGUUCGUAGGGCGUGCAGAUCAUGCCAUACUGGUAAGACGCGAUGUAGUGAAGUCCUACCUUGCCAGAGCUGCCUCAAGCGUGGCUUAGGAAGUUCCUGUGCUUACCCUGAUCCCGAUGUUCAGAGUAGCACCAACAGCAACAAUAGCAGCACUAAUGGUCAACUUGAGUCACCUCAUGCCGUUCCGUCCUUCGCUCCUCCAAUGUACGCUGCUGUGCCUACUCAUCCACCUGCCGUCUCUACUCCGGCUAAUAUGAAUCAUACCCAAUACUACGACUACAACGGUCAUUUUACUGGCGCCUCAUCCUCCUCUUUCCGUCCUGCUAAGCGCCCAAGGCCGCUCACCGAUGAAGAAACUCAAGCAAUCACCCGCAAUUUUUCUAGAGGCGACUUCUAUGUUGGAACCAGCGCGCCUGUCAGGAUCGACCCCAGGCUACCCGUACGGCUUACCUUAGGAGAGGGCGACAACGUGCACUUCACUGUGGGUGAUGCGCUGGUUUGA